AGCUGCCAAGCCGUGUCUCUGGUUGCACCGUGGGAAGUGGGAAGGCAAGAAGAAGCGAGUGAUGUUUUUACGAUGCAAUCGACAAAUCACAAACAUCAUUCGAUUGAUUGGUUGAAGAAAUCAGACCAAACGAUUGCCGUGCCUCCUGUUGGCAGUGGUGUCUUUCACAAUCCACACUCACCGCAGAAUAAGAUUCUAUUCAUUCGAGGCCCAGAAGAGCAUUGCCAGUUCCAGACUUUGAUUGAUUGAGAAAAGUAUUGUAUUACUGUAUUUAUCUUUGACCAUGAGGUUCCAUGGCGCCGCCGCCUUUCUCCUCACCCGAGGACUGGGGCCGACAUCCCAUCAGUCAGCCCUCGACGUGAGCAGGCCUUUCAACUGGAUGCCUCCUCAGAGGAAUGUGAAUCGAAUGAUCCCAGCUCUGAACAUGGUGGACGCUGAGCUCACGGGAAAAGUGGCGGAUGCCUUUUACGAGAUGAAUAAUCAGAUGAAGAAGAAAGACGAUGAAACGCUACGUGCCCUGGCAGAAAUUAGUGCAUCCUUCAAAAAAUUGGCGGAAGGUGAUUUCCCGCGUCUGUUUCAUACGCAAGAGCCGGCGGCUGUCAAUGGAGAUGUGGCUCCUCCUGCAAAUGGAGCCUCUCUUCCGGCUGUAGCUCUUCCGGCUGUAGCUCCCAUCAGUGGGAAUGCCGUCGCAGAUCCACCUGUGAAUGGAGCUCACGUGCCAGAGGCGGCAUCUGCAAGACCUUCGUUUAUGGCUUCACUCAAGAAAAACGCCCAAUUUAAAGGCAGCUCGGCUCCACCAGCAGCUACCAGUGGCAGCGAUGCCCCUGCUUCGUACAUGGAUUCCUUGAAAACGAAAAAUGGUGCUUCUGGCCCAUCCAAGCCUGCCCCGACAUCGUAUUUGGAUGCCUUGCAUCAAGUCCCAGAUCCAAGUCCACCUGGCCAUUCGGGAUCUUAUUUUGAUUCCAUGGCAAGGGCUGCAUCCAUGGCACCUGCCAAUUCGGGCCCCAAGGCUCCACCAAAGCAGCAGCCUAAACCACAAGCGCCCGUGACGGGACAGAUGCCUUACUCUCCGCCAUCGCAGCAGCAGGCACAGGCGGCUUUUUCUCCUCCACCACCACAGCAGGAGAAGCCAAAGCCACAAGCACCACCAAUGUCCUAUUCGCCUCCACCACCACAGCAGCAAACAGCGCAGGCAACGCAUUCACAGCCAAGGCCUCCUUCUAUGCCUUAUGCGCCGCCACAGCAGGCAGCCCAGGCAAAGCCCCCCGCAGCCAGUCAGAGGGCCGACCCGCCUCCAGAAUUUUACAAGCCACCCGUGGCAGAACAGAAAAUGAUUCUGGAACAGCCACCGGCAAAGGUACAAAGAAUGGCCACCAGAGCGGAAGUAUUGGAUUUUGGUCCUGAUCACGAGGAUAUGAUGGGAGCAGGCCGUGCUCCUAUCGUGGAAACGCCCAAAGCCAGGCACGUUGUUGUUCCUCCAACGGAAUACACUGAAAAAUACGGACCCGGUUUUGAUGAACAUAUGCACUCGGAAUCCUUCCGGUCGUUUCCACCGCCACAUGUGCCACAGGAGCCAUUGCCACAGAGUCGAAUCUCAAUUGGAGCCAAGAAAAUGUCAGGGUACAUCCCAGGAAUUGAAGCACCUGGAAUGUCGGGACAGGCUCAAAAUAUUCCUGACCCAGCUCCCAAGGUUCCCAUCUCGCGUUUUGCCAAGAAAGUUUCUGGUCUGGACCAAAUGCAUGAGCAAGCACCACGAGUUCCUGAGCCUGUCCCCAAGCCGCCAAUCUCACCCUUUGCUCAGAUUGUCUCUGGUAUGGAAGGAAUGACGGAACGUGCUCAGCAACUGCCAACUCCCAAGCCCUUGCCACCAAUGUCCGUCUUUGCCAAGAAGGUUGGAGGGUGGGAUGACGUGUCGAGCGCGCCUCCAGUGUCGCCGCCACCGCGCAUUGAGCCGCCCAUGUCGGUCUUUUCCCAGAAGAUUUCGGGUAUGGAAGGAAUGCUGGAGCAAGCUCCACAUGUUCCUCAACCCAAGCCGAAGGCACCCAUGUCGGUCUUCUCGCAGAGGGCCGCACAUAAUAUGGAAGGCAUGUCGGCUCCGAAUGCACCCCUGCCAAUGCCCAAGCCACCCAUGUCUGUUUUCUCGCAAAAAAUUCCUGGAAUCACGUCGGAUAUGGAACGCAUGCAGGCUUCCAACGGUGCAAGGAUGGUCCCUCCGGCAGAGCCGCAACAGCAACAACGAAUCUCGAUUGCUGCCAGAAAGGUUUCGGGCAUUCCUAACCACACGGCACCAAAUCCCGAAUGGUACGAGAUCCAGAAACCAUCGCAACCCGUUUCGGUGUUUUCCAAAAAGGUUUCCGGUCUCAUCCCGGACAAUGGUGGUUAUGCCGAUUCUAGCCAACCAAGGCCGGAACCACCCACGCCAAGAUUUUCCAAAAGGAUCAAUAGCAACGUGCCUCGUGUCGUGGCCAAUAACGGCAAUUCCAUGUCCAAUGAAUCGGCGCAACACGUUCCCAAGCCCAAUCCUAUUCGAAGGCCUUAUGUGGUUGGUGUCACGGAAGCUCCGGGCUUUAGUCUCGACCACCAGGAAGCCAUCGAAGCAGGAUCCGCUCCCCGGGUUGCGACACACCGACCUACCACCAGGAAUUCUGGUUGGGAUGGGCCAGCGCCAGGGUCAUUCGAGGUAAAUCCUGACUUUCAAAACUAUCAUCCUUAAUUCGUUCAUGGACUGCCGCGUCCUUCUGGAAAAAAUGCAAGAAUAUUUUUUUGAAGAAGGAAAGAGAGGUAAGCAUACCGUAGACUGAUGGCAGUUGAGAAAGAGUAAGUUAUCCUGUUCAGGAAAAAUGGACUCGACUCUACGAUAUACGUGCAUGUUGGUGUGAUGAUCCAUGACGAUCUUUCAAGCAGAAACUACAUACGAGCAAGAAGAGAUUUAUCUGGCCAGGCAUAGAGAGAAAAAUACGAGUCAUGCCUGGGUUCCAUCAUUCAUAUUUAUUAUAGUCCGACAACAAUGACUUUU